CGCCGGGGCCGGGCCGGGCGGGCGGAGCCGCGGCCGCCGCCAUGGGGCUGCUCAACUUCACCCGCGAGCCGGUGCCGGAGGCCGUGACCGGCGACAUGCACAACCUCAACCAGCUCAGCGCCCAGCAAUUCUCAGCGCUGACUGAAGUCCUCUUCCGCUUUCUUACGGAGCCCAAGGAGGUAGAAAGGUUUCUGACUCAGCUCUCAGACUUUGCCACCACGAACAAAAUCAGCUUGGGCCCCCUGAAAAACAUUGUCAAAAGUAUUCUUCUGGUACCUAAUGGUGCCCUGAGGAGGAAUUUGUCUCCUGAACAAGUCAGAGCUGAUUUUAUGGCUCUAGGCCUCAGCGAGGAAAAAGCCACUUACUUCGCAGAACAGUGGAAGGUGAAUUCCCCUACCCUGACAUGCCUGGCUGUUGGACAGACGCUGAUGAUUAACCAGCUGAUAGAUAUGGAGUGGAAGUUUGGAGUGACUGCUGGGAGCAGUGAACUGGAAAAAGUGGGAAGUAUCUUCUUACAGCUGAAGCUGGUGAUUAAAAAGGGGACCCAAACAGAAAACGUGUACAUGGAGUUAACUUUGCCCCAGUUCUACAGUUUUCUGCAUGAAAUGGAACGGGUCAAAACCAGCCUGGAAAGCUUCAGCUGAAGCUGCAGGGGCCUGGGCUGACACCUGGGCAGGAUGUUUAAUUUCUCCUUGUGGGCUGCAGCUCUGCUGUUGCCCAACUGACUCUUAACACCCUGAUAAGAGAUAAGGCUGUGCAAGGAGCAGUGGUGUCAAGGCCCAAGAGGACCCAUCAGUCCCUCAGAACCUGAAACUUCAGCAGAUGUUCUGAAGCAGCUGCAAGUCCCCUUUUGUAUACUGUUACGAGAAAUUGUGGUUCAGAAAUCUGUGGAUUCCUGUCCUAAAACACCACAGAAAUAAACCUGUUCCCAUCCUG